UACGCUGCGGAGUCAGCGCAGGGGGGUUUCGAGAAUACGCAGGGCGGGAGCCGCAGCCUAAGCGCCACUGCCGCCUCGGAGGGAGAGAUAGAGGGAGGGAGGGGGGUAUUUCGCUCCUGAAGGGGAGGAACGCCGCCAGUAACCGCCGCCUCCGCCAUCGCCAUGGUAGCUCAACAGAAGAAUCUUGAGGGAUAUGUGGGGUUCGCAAAUCUCCCCAAUCAAGUUUAUAGGAAGUCUGUGAAGAGAGGGUUUGAAUUCACACUCAUGGUAGUAGGUGAAUCUGGAUUGGGGAAAUCAACAUUAAUCAACUCAUUGUUCCUGACAGACCUGUAUUCUCCAGAAUAUCCAGGACCUUCACAUAGAAUUAAGAAGACUGUACAGGUUGAACAGUCUAAAGUUUUAAUUAAAGAAGGUGGUGUCCAGCUGCUACUAACAAUAGUUGACACACCAGGAUUUGGCGAUGCAGUGGAUAAUAGCAAUUGCUGGCAACCAGUUAUUGACUACAUUGACAGUAAAUUUGAAGAUUACCUCAAUGCAGAAUCACGUGUGAACAGACGUCAGAUGCCAGACAACAGGGUGCAGUGUUGCCUAUACUUCAUUGCUCCUUCAGGACAUGGGCUUAAGCCUUUGGAUAUUGAAUUCAUGAAACGCCUGCAUGAAAAGGUGAAUAUUAUUCCACUUAUUGCCAAAGCAGACACGCUUACACCUGAAGAAUGCCAACAGUUUAAAAAACAGAUAAUGAAAGAAAUCCAAGAGCAUAAGAUUAAAAUAUAUGAAUUCCCAGAGACAGAUGAUGAAGAAGAAAAUAAGCUUGUUAAAAAGAUAAAGGACCGUUUACCUCUUGCUGUAGUAGGUAGCAAUACUAUCAUCGAAGUCAAUGGUAAGAGAGUUAGAGGAAGGCAAUAUCCUUGGGGUGUUGCAGAAGUUGAAAAUGGUGAACAUUGUGACUUCACAAUUCUAAGGAACAUGUUAAUAAGAACCCAUAUGCAAGAUCUGAAAGAUGUCACUAAUAAUGUCCAUUAUGAGAACUACAGAAGCAGAAAAUUGGCAGCUGUUACAUACAACGGAGUUGACAACAACAAAAACAAAGGGCAGUUAACAAAAUUUGACACAGUUGAAGGCAUGAGUCCUCUGGCACAGAUGGAAGAAGAAAGGCGAGAGCAUGUGGCAAAAAUGAAAAAAAUGGAGAUGGAAAUGGAGCAAGUCUUUGAAAUGAAAGUCAAAGAAAAAGUUCAAAAACUGAAGGAUUCUGAAGCUGAGCUCCAGCGACGUCAUGAGCAAAUGAAGAAGAACCUGGAAGCACAGCACAAAGAAUUGGAGGAAAAACGCCGCCAAUUUGAGGAUGAAAAGGCAAACUGGGAAGCUCAGCAACGUAUUUUGGAGCAACAGAAUUCAUCGCGAACUUUGGAAAAGAACAAAAAGAAAGGGAAGAUAUUUUAAGUAUAUUUACUGACCACCAGUUAUGUUUAAGUUGCCAAUAUUCCAGUCUGGACAUCAGUGUGUGUUGGAUCUGUUUGACCAAUCUUGCACCAGUUGUAUCCAUAUCUGUGGAUUUAACAGCAUGACAAAUUUUUUUUGUUAAUAUUGAUGGCACUUGAGAUGCCUUGAAUUGUUUAAGGUAUUGUAUACUUAGAGGGGGGAAAACUACUCUCAAGUACCCUUUUUUU